GAGAUCAAGAUGUGUCUCUCUGUUGUGCUACUCAUCCUGGUCAACCUCCUCCAGACAGCUGGGUCUCCUGUGUCCUCUUUGUUCAGCCAAACUGGAGGAUCUGUCACUCUGGAGUUCCAGCAACAACAGCAGCUGGAGAGGGAGAGUAUGGAUCUCAUCCAGUGGUACUUUGGCCAACAUAAAAUAAUGAAAUAUCUACCACACCAAGGCACUUUUACAGUAUUCACCCAUAAAGGCAGAGUGGAGUUUAAUAAUGAGACCUUCUCUGUGGAGCUGAAGAACCUGCAGAAGAAUGACAGUGGACUCUACAGAGGAGAGAUCCAUGCUGGAAAGACAGACGUUAAAGUUGAGCAUAAACUCUCUGUUCUGGAUCCUGUAGAGGCCCCUGUCCUGUCUGUUGUCUCUAACUGGUUCAGCAGUGACUCCUGUAAUGUGACAGUGAUCUGUAGAGGUCAUGACCUCUCUCUAAACACCACCUGUAACAAUAUCACCUGCUCUCCAGAGCAAAGAGCCUUCAAUGACUCCACCCUCACCUUCUCUGUCAGAGAUAGUAGAAUUAUCUGUGACCAUAAGAACCGAGUCAGCUGGAGAAAUGUUACCAUGGAGAUCAAUCAGUUGUGUCCGUUGUAUUUAGAGUCCACUAUUGUUGGAAACCCAGUAUGGAUAGUGUGGUUCUCUUGUGGCUUCGGUGCUUGUUGUGCUGGUUUGUUCUGGUGUAUCAGGAAAAGGAAACAAAUGGGAGCAGGUGGAGCUCACACAGACUUUGCAAAAAUCACGGUGACUUCUGCUCAACAGUCCCCUGAUCCAGAAGCAUCUAUAUACAGCACUGUGCAGGAUGUAAAGUCAUCUGUAACUGAGGAGAGUCCUUAUGAUGAGGUUACUACUCUUACCUCGGUGCAAUCAGCCACCUCAGUGUACAGCAUGCUGCAGCCUACCAGCUGAAGGGAACCCUGGUGCUAAGACAGCUUCAGCUCCAGAGUAGGCUGGGUCUCCUACAGCCUCCAUCCUCUGGGCCAUACAGGAUCCCCCUCAGCCAGACCCAGGCCUCUGUGCCAGUGUGAGGAGGACCUGAGACCACAGCUACAGAAUGAGGCCACUGCUGCAGUUCACAUGUACAUCAUACAUCUCCUGAAAUUG